AUGGGAAGAAGGCGCAAGCAUAACACAAUCCUGACCAACUGGGCCACGGACUCACUGUCCCUUACUCGGAGCGGGGCAGUUGCACGCAAGAAGGCCCGACUAACUGUGGGUGAUGCCCACGAGCAAUUGAUGAAAGCUACUCCACGGGUGGUUAUUGAUGGCCUUUCGGAGAUUCAAGAUGGUGGGGUUGCGCCGGGUGACUUCUUAGAUGAUUGGUAUGAUGAGCCGGGGAGAGAUGAGUUGAAUCUGGUGGACGAUGUAGGGCUUGAUUUCGAGCAGUUACGUAAAUUAAUUUCAAGACUAGCUCCAAAGCCGCGAAGGAAGGGCCACGAAUGGAGUACGCGGAUGUCUAGGCUCCAUGCCCAGUGGAUGGAGCAACUCGACACUCUUACUAGCCUCUACCUACAAAUCAAGACUUCUAAUUCGUCCUGUGUACCCGUCCACUACCCAGAACCUCAACCAGGAAGCAACUGGAUUGAGAUACAAUGCAUUGAUAUCUUUGCACCAAACUUCAGUAUCCAAAACUACUCCCGACUGCUUGCUGACAUGCACAGGACCGUGUUCCAACCCCACUUGAGAACUCAAAUUUCACUCGCGUUUGAUGUUUAUUACUGCAUCCUAUCUCGACUACGUGCUAUGGUACAGCAGAAACUGGGACAUGACACGCCAGACCACCGCCUCAAGACCUCUUGCCCAGCAUGCCAUCAUAAAGUCGAGGAUGAGCCAGAGCUCCCAAUCCAGUUUAUCGUGACUGGCGAUGGGAACACCUCCCUUUCGCGACUUCGUCACCACUUUGAGGGGGAUUCUCGUAUCUUUUUCAGCGACUAUUACAUCUCUCGGGGAGAUGUUGAUCAGUUUGCCAGUGCUCGAAAGCGUUCACAACCAAGUGCUUCAAGCCAGCCGUUGUAUUCUACAAUCACGGGUGGCCCCUAUUCCACAGACGACAGAGGACCCACCCAUAUCGGAGGCCUGCCUAGCCUGGAGGAAUGCCCGACCAAUGCCAUCAAAGUCAAAGUCCGGAGCUUUGCAGGUUAUGGACGAAACAGGCAUGGGAUCAUGCAAUUUCUCCUUGACAUGGUGCAAAGUGGAGAGCUGGCAAAGUAUCCCUUGGCUUCCGCUGAGAAGCUUAUACGCACAUUCGGUAAGAAUAUAUUAUUCGCCUAUGACAUUGCGUGUACAUUCUCUGCGACCUUGUCGAAGUCGUCCAUUGGGGCCUUGGCUAGAGAUGCCAAUUUCAGGUGUUGUACCGGUUCCUUUCAUGGUGCUGCUCAUGACAGGUCAUGCCAGCUAGACUUCCUUAUUACCUUACAGAAUGGGGCAGGCAUAGAAGAUGGUGAAGGGAAUGAACGAGUAUAUUCAGAGAGUAAUGCCCUUGCCCCAAUCAUACGACAUGCUUCCCCAUACCACCGUCACCAGCGCAUACAUAUCCACUUCUCCAAAUGGGACGAAAUUAAAUAUGAAAAAUUAGGUGCAUCUCUGUUAUGUGAUUUCCUCUUGAACAACUUCAAAUCUGCUACGAAGAUUAUUAGCGAUGGCACGACGGUUCUUGACCAGACACAAGUGUUGUUCCCAGACUUUGAUGCAGAUCACGACUGCCCACAGUGGCUAUCUGAAGAACGAGACUAUAUCUCCUCACUUCAAUUGGAGCCCACCGAUGAGAAAGUCAAGAUUGAAUAUUUGGAAGCUAUUGAGCAUCUGGAACACGCUGAAGCAACCACGCGUUACUGGACGUUGCAAAUUGGAAUGCCAGCAGCGUUAUCAGCGCAAUUUGGGCAGCAUGUAGCACAAGCAAUCGAUACCCUUGAAACCGCUCGUUCAGCGGUAAUGGCAAUAGAGGCCCGAUCAUUGUUCAUCCUCCCUUGGACGUCCGAUUCCCCCCAGCGUCUCGAAGCGAUAGUUCUGCGUCAACAGCGAGACUAUCAUCACAUUCUUGAUGAGCUUGAGCAGCGAGCUAUUUCACGUCAGCUUGAGCUUGAGAAGAUUGGCUUGCCAAAAACAGACUAUAAAACUCGACAGCAUAUUUCCACAUUGGACGUUACGGACCUCCACUUCCUCUCCGAUAUCAUCCUGUUACGUGGCCGUGAGGACAUCCGGGACAAGCGAUGGUUUCAGCGUCAUUUUCGUGAUGCUACACGUGCAUGGUACAAACUUCAACACGCUCGUGAGGAGGUCAAGAUUGUUGGGAUUGAAGCUCAUCGGAUAUGGGCUUCGGUGAUCGAGGAGGAAGCUCACCUGCGUCAAGUCAUUGAGACCACUCAGCACACCCACCCCGAGCUCGCCAAAUACAUUUCACUCAUGGCUGAGUGCCGACUCAACGCAAAUAGACAAUUGCGUAGAAAACUGAAGCUUCUGGAGAAGCAGGGUGGUGUCAGCACACCUCUUCCAGCGAUUCGCAGAGUGGGAAGUCCAGGUCCCAUAGAGGAUAUGAACCAGGCUAAUGUGUCAACCUCUGAAUUUACAGCGAACAAUAAUUCCUCCACAACUCAGACGGUGUCCGAUCCUAUCGCUGAACUGCAAGAAAAAGGAACGAAGAAACAAUGGGCAAAACUGGUGAAGAUUGACUUCGACGAUGUUGACGAUGGUGACGGCAAUGACAACGCAUCGGAAGACGAUGCCGGCAAUAGAACCGCGCCGAAGUGCUGGUGAAAAUGUAUUGUAAUUGAAAACUCAGUCACGGGCACCCCAGAGCUUCUGGGGCCCUUCGGGCCCCUCCGAAAUCUUAUUUU